CGACAUAGUCUGGCUUUCAUCUUGUUGCUCUGCAAUUUUGCAGUUUUCACUCAACAAAUGAGCUUGGGGAUUGCCAUCCCAGCCAUGGUGAAUUAUACAGCUCUACAUAGCCAUCUUAAUGCCUCCACAAAAAUGCCAUCUGCCAGCUCCCAAGGCUAUUGGAAUGAAACUCUAAAGGAAUUGAAGGCAUUAGCCCCUGUGUAUGACUGGAGCCCUGAAAUCCAGGGAAUCAUCCUUAGCUCUAUGAAUUAUGGCUCCUUCUUAGCUCCAAUCCCUACUGGCUAUGUGAGUGGAGUAUUUGGAGCCAAGUAUGUGGUUGGUAGUGGCUUGCUCAUUUCUUCAGUCCUGGCCUUGUUCAUUCCACUGGCAGCUGAUACUGGAGUGACUGUUCUCCUUGUCGUUCGGGUUAUCCAAGGAAUAGCUCAGGUUUUAGUAACAACAGGUGAAUAUUCCAUUUUGGUCAAAUGGGCUCCUCCUAUGGAAAGGAGUCAGCUCAAUAGUGUUGCUAUGUCAGGGGUAACGUUGGGAUCCUUCACGGUCUUUGCUGCUGGUGGCCUCCUCUGCCAGAUAUUAGGAUGGCCUUAUAUCUUCUAUAUCUUUGGUGGAAUUGGCUGUGCCUGUUGUCUUCUCUGGUUUUCUCUUGUUUAUGAAGAUCCAAUGCAUCAUCCCUUUAUCAGCAUCAGUGAGAAGAAGUACAUCCAAUGUGCACUGGCCCAGGAGAAUUAUUCUCCAGGCUGGUCUCUUCCCAUUAUGGCUAUGAUCAAAUCUCUACCACUUUGGUCCCUAUUAAUCUCUUUUUUCUCUUAUGGCUGGACUUUUUUUAUCCUGAUGACAUUCACACCAACAUACAUCAGUUCUGUACUUGAAACUAACCUAAGAGAUAGUGGAAUCCUGUCUUCCCUGCCAUCUGUGUUUGCCAGCAUUUUCACAAUCCUUGGAGGUCUGUUUGCAGAUUUUCUCAUUUCCAGAAAAUUCCUUAGACUCAUCACCGUAAGGAAACUCUUCACUGCAGUAGGAAUUCUCAUUCCAUCCAUGCUCCUCGUGUCCCUGUACUGGCUUAGGUCCAAUGUAAGAACUGCUGUGACCUUCUUGGUUCUGAAUUCUGCCUUCAACAGCCUAUGCUUCUCAGGGGUCUUGGUUAAUCUCCUGGAUAUUGCUCCUCGGUACGCUGGUGUUCUUACGGGACUAUCUCAAGUGUUUGGAUACGCAGCUGGAGCCCUUUCUCCCACUGCGACUGGAUUUUUACUGAGUCAGGAUUCAGAGUUGGGUUGGAGAAAUAUCUUCUUGCUUUCAGCUUCUAUUAACAUAUUGAGCCUGAUUAUCUACCUCAUCUUUGGCAAAGCAGAUGUCCAGGACUGGGCUAAAGAGGAACAAACACCUACUUCUAAGCAAACAGAGUGA